CGCGCGUAAAGUACGUUGUUGUAUGUUGUGUUGAGUGAACAUUUUGCGAGAACUAUUCGUGAGUUAGUUAACUUUGUUUAUUAAAAUAUUGGAGUUAAUUAAUAAUUGGUACAUAUAUUCAAUUGCUCAUAAUUGGUUAUCGUGUUCAGCCACGCGUGUCUGGGAUGGCGAAGGCGCGUCGUGCAGUGUAGUGUUAAUACUAAUAAUGUUAGUACUAGUGAUGUGUUGAGCGGCGGUCGAUGUCGAUAGCGCACACGAUGGAGGCCAACACGACGCUGGCGACCAUCUACCCUCGCGACGCCACCGUACUGGCGGCCGCCUGCGCGUGCGUGUUCAGCGUGGUCGGCGUUAUUGGUAACUUGGUGACGACCAUGGCGCUGCUGAUGCACCCCAAGCUUCGUGGACACGUCACCACCAUGUUCGUGCUCUCGCUCUGUGUCUCAGACCUGCUGUUCUGCAGCAUAAACCUGCCGCUCACGGCCAGCAGGUACAUCAAUGAGAGGUGGGUGCUGGGCUCGCAACUGUGUCAGAUGUUUGCAUUCGUGUUCUACGGCAACGAGGCCGUCUCCCUGCUGUCCAUGGCGGCGAUCACCAUCAACAGGUACACGCUGAUCGCGUACUACGACAUGUACUCCCAAAUCUACACCACCACCAAGAUCUGGGUGCAGCUGCUGGCAAUAUGGCUGGUCUCCUUCGGUCUCAUGGUGCCGCCCCUACUGGGCGUGUGGGGUCGACUGGGGCUGGAGGAGAACACGUUCUCGUGCACUAUCCUGCCCAACCACGGGCACAGCCCCAAGAAGUACUUGUUCGUGUUCGGCAUCGCCACGCCCUGCGCAGUCAUCAUCGUGUCCUACUCCUGCAUCUACUGGAAGGUGCGCCAGAGCAAACGCAAGCUGGAGGGACGGAGGUGCGUAUGUGGUAAACUGAGCGGACAAACAGCACGAGAGAAAGAAGAGGACUCCCGCCUGACAACCCUCAUGCUGACUAUCUUCCUGUGUUUCCUGGCGUGCUUCCUGCCGCUCAUGAUCAUGAACGUGGCGGACGACAGCAUCAGCUACCCCUGGCUACACAUCAUCGCCUCCAUCUUGGCGUGGGCUUCCAGCGUCAUCAAUCCCCUCAUCUACGCGGCAACGAACCGCCAGUACCGCGCGGCGUACGGCAAUCUGCUCCGCCUGUGCAGGAACAGUCCUGUCGCGCGGAAGACCACGUGGGGCAGCAGGACCGUGGGGCACUCGUCUAACUCCCCUCACUACGUCGACAAGCGGAACAAAGACAAUCCUACCAAGUUAUAGACUAACGUGAAGUGACUUGUGACUCAAAAUAGACGCUUUCAUUUUAUUCCUCAGUUACUUAAACAUUCUAACUCAGUAUAAAUAUCUCCAGCGUAAGGUGUUGAUUUGAUUUAAAUAUCAUAAUGAAAGAAAAUUUUUCUUGUGUUACCGAAGCUUUUGUAACUAUAUUUGACUAUUAAUUUAAUACUUUAAGCACGUGCUAUAUAGUAAAUGUAGAGAUUUACAGCAUUUAUUUAUGGAUCGUCUACUUGAUAUAAUAACAAUGGGUGUAUUAAAAUAAUAAAUCGCCUUAAUAAGUUUUCACGUUAUGAAGGUGUAGUUUUAUUUAUAAUAUGCGUAUUAAUUAAAUACGCAGUCGACAGACGCCAUACCGCCACGAGAGUUGCUGCUACACUGGCAAAAUAAUGAAUCCAAGCCCGUAAGUGUCGCGAUAAAUAGUGCUUUACAUUUAUGACGGUACUCGAAAAAACUGCAAUAGGUACGAAUAAUAUUGCUGAUUGCAUAUUAAUACCAUCACGUGUGAAUACGGAAUUAUUUAGUUGUAACUUUUGUCUAAAAUAUUUUUGCUAACAUUGUUAACUUCAGUCCUCUAGUAACUAAACCAUAACGUCAACAGUCUAAGUUUCAUGUGACUCAUCGGGGCAACAAAAUCUAUUUCAUGUGAAUUUCACAAUCUAGACUGAUCUACGUUAAUCGUCCGUUUUAUAUUAGUGAAAUGUGUGUGUAUGUAUGUAUAUAUAGUUAUGUACACAAUAAUCAUUUAAAGUAGUGAUUAUAAAUUAAGGAUCAUUUUCAAAUAUUGUAAUUAAAUUUAGUAAUAUUAUGAUUCAAAUUCAAAACGAAGUUGACGUAUUGUAAUAAAUCAAGUCAAUUCUUUGUAAUUGCCAAUUAUUUAAAUAACAUGACAUAAAAUGCUUUUUGGAAAAUUUAUUAAAUCAGGUUAUGUUAGCUUAUGUUUAUUUUUAUAAUAGUUUUAGUGUUAAUUGGCGUAAUUAAUACUAAACAUGUGAAUUCAAAACAUUUAAAAAAGUUGAUAUUUAUUUAACGAUUUGAAUCUCACAUAUAUAAUAAUAUACCUAUAAAGAUUUUUAAGAAAUCUUUGAAAUAUUUUUUUAAAAGGUAACCCUUUCUUAUAGAGCUCAUAGAUACACAUUCCCAAAAAUCCAGAACUAAAAUAAAGACAAUAGACAAACGUACGAACUUCAAAAUAAUCUGAAUCGCUGUCAUUUUAAUCCGUCAAUUUACGUGUUCUGUUGUCAGCUUUGGUAUUUUGAUGUUACAUCACUUUAGAUAAUGUUAUUUAAAAUAUUAGAGACAGGACACGAUUGAAAAAAAACCCUGAUAGAAAAAGUACCUACGAAGACCUUUGCGCGGUGUUUUUACCGUUUACAAUGCAUCUAUAUUUUACUAAAAAAAUAUUGGAUUAUAUUUUUACAUAUUUGAUUAAUAUUAUUACAAAUUAAAAACAGGCACUUACGCAAUUUUCUUUUAAACAGUUUUCUCUCCUCUUUUAGGUACCUACUAUGACGGUUAAGCCACGUCAAUCGAGUUUAAGUCUAUUCUGUAGGUACCUAUAUAUGCCCUUAAAAUACUGAUUUGGUAUUCUGUUAGUGCCUUUGGAUCUUUAAAGUGCUUUUAAUCUCUCUCAUUUAAUUUAUUAUUUCCUAUGAUUUAAAUCACUUUACGAUUUAGUUUGAAACCGUUAUUAAAUUGCAUUCCAUUUCUAUUUGAACGACACUUUUCGAUCUAGACAUUUAUAAUAAUAAUAUUAAACACACAAUCUAUACAGCUCCUAGGUAUAUUAGUUUGAUAAUAUUAAAAUUACCACAUAAUCUUAGAUAAUAAUAUCAUAUGCAGUGUAUAAAUUCUCUUUGAUCAUACGAUUGAAAUUUAUAUGAAUAAUUUAUGCCAAUGAGACUAACUUAUAUUAACUAUUUUAUGUACCUAGAUAGGAAUAUGUUACAAUGAGUAGGUAAUAGUAGAUUGUUAACCGAGGGUAGAAAGAAUCAGUUCCCGAGGUAUUUAGACACCCGAGCACAGCGAGGUCGGCUAUAGUUCGAGUAGGAAUUCAUACUUUUACCCGAGUUAAACACUCUACUUUUCAUUUCGAAUAUGAGAAAAAUAAAACUAGUUGUUUAUCUAAGCACAGAUUAGUAUCCCGCCAAUUUAUGUCGACUUUUUAAAUUUCAAAUAUGGAACUUACUGCGUAAUUGUUGCUUAUUCCGCUCAAAGAAGUUUGCGCUAAGUUCACACUGGCUGUUUAAAAGUCACAUGGCAUUUCUUUAGAUUAGUUUUUUUCACAUAAAACUCUUCAUAGCUGACAGCAGUUCUAUUUUCAAAGUUUAUUGUGGCCCUUGGGUGGGAAGUAAUUUGUAUGAGUUUCUCAACAAGAUUAUUUUCCGAGUAUGAGAAAUGAAAAUUGUCGCUGCGCUCGGGCGUCUAAAUACCUCGGGAAAUGAUUAUUUUGACCCUCGGUUAACAAUCUACUAAUUCAUUAUGUUUUCUAAAUUAUGUGCUGCAGUUACCUUGAAAUGUUGUAUACGAAAAUAGGUAUCCAAAUGCAUACGUAAUGAAUUCCUAGUGCUUCCUUAAAGUUUAUAAAAAGAGAAUCAAUUGGAUUUUCUUGAGGCAUUGAAGUAUAAAUGUCGUUUUAACUAAAAGUGCAUGUCCUACAAAAAAUCACUUUGACUUACACACUCAAGCUCAAAUAAUAAUAACCAAUCGACAUUAAUACUGUCGUGUAUUUCUAAUUGAGACAUUCUCUAAUAUACAAAACGUGGCGCUAAAAUGUCUACAAUGAACCCACGGAUAGAGUACCGUAAUCAUAAAAAAAAUAUCUUUAAAAUUAAAAAAAAAUAAUUGAAAUUUUCAAACAAAGAAAUUAUUCAUUUAGAAGAUCAAGAUUUUCAUCACUCUUAGAGCGCUUUCACACUACGUCCGAUCUGAAUCCUAUCCGUACCCGUGAAAAUACGGUCCUGUGUAAUCGUAGAACUAUUUCUAUGGUAGUUGACGCACUAGAUCUGGCUUUCGUCAUCCGAUUUCUUUCAUUUAUCCGUUAGAAAUAGUUCUAAGACUACAACGGACCGUAUUUUCACGGGUACGGAUCGGAUUCGGUUCAGACGUAGUGCGAAAGCGCUGUUACAUGGGCGCUACUCACCUACAAGUUCUGACGGCUACGUCGCGUCGUGCAAGAGGUAUUUGUCAGUGCCUACGCUUGAUUGCUUACAGGAUGUUCCGAAAUGAUGUUAAGGAAAAUUGUUUUAUUAUGGUGAAUUAUGUAUUUAUAUUUUUGUUUUUUUUUAUGAUUAAUGUUAAGUAGUGUGUUCAUUUAAUGUCGCCAUUGUGGCGCCACGCUGUAAAAUAAUUUAAACACUUAAUUUAAUUACACUUAGUGAACUCUGUAAAGUUAAUUUUUUCACCCAUAGAGUGAUAUUUUUAUAUCACUAAGACUGAAAUUUAAUACAAAAUGUACAUAAAAAUGAGUAAUAUUAUACUAUAUUGUGUGUAAUAAUUAAAUUUAUUUAGGUACGUAUGUACGGUGUUUGGUGCAGACGUUUUAUAUUAUUUAUUUUUAGUGAUGAUUUAAAAACUAUUAUACCAAAGUUGGGAAGACGAUUAAAAUGCUUAGAAGUA